AUGGCGGCCUCUCCCCUUCGACACGGAUCUCCCCGCGACACCGAGGUCUCGGUCUCGCCCGCCUUCUCCCAGAUGGGAUCCGACGACCUGCACUCGGAGCUCGCCACCAGCGUCUCGAGCGCCCUCAGCACCGUCCGCAUCCGCUCGCACAAGGCCAACUUUGACCUCAACAUCCCCAUCGACCCCAGCGCCUCGGUCAACUACUUUGCCCUCGAGUCAAUCAAGGCCGACUUCGAGCGUCACCUUCUCGCCGCAGCAAGCGCCGAGUCCGACGCCGCCCCGGCUCCGGCUGAGGCCGAGGCCGAGCAGUCAAAGGCGACCUCGGCCGACCAGGCCCUCUUCCUGGCCAGCUUCCUGCGCUUCCUGGCCGAGCGCAUCGCCGCCGGCAACGACCAGGGCCGCGGGUUCGCCUCGGAGCUCUCGCUGCUCUGGGCCUCGUGGAAUCAGUUCCACUCCGAGUUUCUCGGCCCGAGCGCCGACAUCCACAGCUUUGCCCUCUCGCUCGGGCUCGAACGCCGCCAGCAGCUGCUGCGAGCCUACUUUGAGGCCUACGCCGCCCUCGAGGCCGGCCACUUUACGCCCCAGCUCCGGCGACCGCGGCUGCUGGAAGAGGCCAAGGCCAAGACGAUCGAGAUCUACGCCGUCUUUGGCGGUCAGGGCAACAACCGCGGCUACCUCGACGAGCUUCAGGAGCUUUACGAGACCUACCGCCCGCUCGUCCAGCCCCUGCUGGUGGCGGCUGAGGGUCGCCUCUGCCAGCUGGCGCGCAGCGUCGCCAGCCCCGAUGGCACGCCCCACGCGCUCUACCAGCACGGGUACCGGCUGCUCUCGUGGAUCGACGGCACGGGCCAGCGCCCGCCCGCCGACUACCUGACGGCCAACCCCAUCAGCGGGCCCAUGCUCUUCCUCACGCAGCUCACCCAGUACUAUGCCACGUGCCGCUCGAUUGGCAUGACGACGGCCGAGGUGCGCGACUGCUUCGCCGCCUGCUCGGGCCACAGCCAGGGCAUCAUCGCCGCCACCGUGUUUGCCAGCGCGGGCGGCAACGACGAGUUCAUCCGACGCACCGUCGGCACGCUCGACCUCCUCUUCCAGCUCGCCUUCCACGCCGUCAGCGCCACUGCCUGCGACGAGGUGGAGCCCGAGAUGCAGGCCGAGGCCGUCGAGGCGGGCCACGACAUCCCUACGCCCAUGCUCCUCGUCAACGGCCUCGAGCGCUCCUUCCUCGAGCCGAGGGUGGCGGCGUGCAACGCCUACCUCGAUGCCGACCGCCAGAUCUACUUUUCCCUCGUCAACGGGCCCACCACCGUCGUCCUCACGGGCGACCCGCGCGCGCUGAUGGGCCUCAUCCGCGAGCUCGCCCCGCUCUGCGCCUCGCCCAAGCUCGACCAGACCAAGGUGCCCUCGGCCAAGCGCAAGCCGACCUUCAAGAUGCGCUUCCUGCCCGUCGACCUGCCCUACCACGCGCCCUACCUCGAAGGGGUGGCGCCCGCCGCCAUCGAGGCCGCUGCGAUCAGGUGGUCGCCCAAAGACCUCGUACUCCCGGUCUUCAGCACCUACGACGGCAGCGACCUGCGCAGCCUGCCCGACGACGGCCUGGUGUCCAACCUCUGCGACCAGCUGCUGACGCUGCCCGUACACUGGCAAGACGCCAUCGACCUGCCGCCGAGCGCGACUCACAUCGUCGACUUCGGCACGGGCGGCCUCUUUGGCAUCGGCGGCAUCACUGCCAGGAACCUUCAGGGCCGUGGCAUCCACACGAUGAUCGUCAGCGGCACCCACCCGGCCAGCGCCGACUUUUACCGCGUCGAUGGCGUGCCCCGCGAGUCGCGAUGGGACAACGCAUUCCAGCCCAAGCUGGUCAAGACCAGCGCCGGCAAGCUGCUGCUCGACACGCCCAUGUCUCGCCUGCUUGGCCGCCCUCCGAUCAUGGUCGCUGGCAUGACGCCGACCACGGUCAGCGCCAAGCUCAACGCCGCUGUCCUCAAUGCCGGCUACCACAUCGAGCUGGCCGGCGGAGGUCUCUACAACGAGAAGGCGCUGCGUGCGCGCGUGGCCGAGAUCCAGUCGAUGACCGAGCCCGGACACGGCCUGACGCUCAACUCGCUCUACAUCAACCAGCGCCAGUGGGCGGUGCAGCUGCCGGCGUGGAUCCAGAUGCGCCGCGAGGGACUCCCGCUCGAGGGCUUCUGUGUCGCCGCCGGCAUUCCAACCCCGCAGAAGGCCGAGGAGCUUCUCACGUCGCUGCGCGAGGCUGGCAUCCGCCACGUCAGCUUCAAGCCGGGAAGCCUGGCGGGCAUCCAGCAGGUGUGCAAGAUCGCCGCUCAGAACCCGGACAUGGGCAUCCUGCUCCAGUGGACUGGCGGACGGGCGGGUGGCCACCACAGCGCCGAGGACUUCCACCAGCCCAUCCUGGCUUCCUACGGCCUCAUCCGCCGCCAGCCCAACCUCGUGCUGGUCGCCGGCUCCGGCUUCACCUGCGACGACGACGUGUGGCCCUACCUGAGCGGAGAGUGGAGCGUCGAGCGCGGCGCCUCGCCCAUGCCGUUUGACGGCGUGCUGUUCGGCAGCCGCAUCAUGACGGCGCGCGAGGCUGGCACCUCGCUCGGCGUCAAGCAGCUCAUCGCCCAGACGCCCGGAUGCACCGACGCCGAGUGGCAGGGCACCUACGACAAGCCCACCGGCGGCAUCUUGACAGUCAACAGCGAGAUGAACGAGCCCAUCCACCAGAUCGCCAACCGCGCCACGAUGCUGUGGGCCGAGCUGGACCGCGAGUGCUUCUCGCUGCCGUCCAAGGAAAAGCAGCUCGCCUACCUCGCCAAGAACAAGACCCGGCUGAUCGGAAGGCUCAACCGCGACUUCCAGAAGGUGUGGUUCGCCCAGAACAAGGACGGCGUGCCGCAGCUCGACGUCGCCGACAUGACGUACGAGGAGGUGUGCGUCCGCAUGCUCUCGCUCCUCUUUGUCCGCGACCAGGCCCGUUGGAUCGACCGCAGCCACCGCACCCUCUUCGGCGACUGGUGCCGCCGCGUCGAGGAGCGGUUCGCCCUCUCGGCCUCGGGCAAGCCCGUCGGCGAGACACGCUCCGCCGGCCGCUCGUACCGCCUGCAGAGCUACACCGACCUCGACACCGACCCGCACAGGUGCCUCGAGCGCCUGAUGGCCUUCUACGGCCACGCUCGGACCACCCAGCUCACCGCCGAGGACGCCGCCUUCUUCCACGCCCUAUGCUGGCGCGCUGGGCAGAAGCCGCCGCCGUUCAUCACGCGCUUCGGCGAAGACUUUGCCACCCAGUUCAAGAAGGACUCGCUCUGGCAGGCCGAGGACCUCGACGCCGUCGUCGACCGCGACCCGCAGCGCGUCUGCAUCCUUCAGGGCCCCAUCGCCGUCCGAGGCCAGUCGACGGUCGACGAGCCGGUCGCCGACGUGCUCGGCUCGGUCGAGGCCGGCCUGAUCGCCAAAGUCCUCGACCGCUUCUACGGCGGAGACGUCUCCCGGGUGCCCGAAGUCGAGUACCUCGAUCGCGCCCUCUUUGGAAAGCGUUCUGAGCAUGCCGGGCUCCUGCCUCCGCACGAGGUCGCUACCCUUGGCUCGACGGUCGUCAAGACGUUCAAGGCAGACCGUGCCCGCACCGCCCCCGUCGAGGCCUGGCUCGCCUCUCUGGCGGGCAAGGAGACGGGAUGGCUGCGCGCGCUGCUCUGCAGUGGCAGCGUGGUCCGCGGCAAGAACGUCGUCGCCAACCCGAUGGCGAGCCUCCUGCGCCCGCGCGCAGGCAUGACGGUCGAGGUCACCGAGUCGACCGCCGGCGAACCGGUCCGUCUCUCGGCGUUCGGCGCCGCUCGAUCCUACGGCGACCACGACGAAGGCUUCCAGACGCUCGAGGUGGCCCGCUCGGCGUCGGCUGCCGACGAGAUCGACGUCACCGUCUUCGAGGAGCGGCUAGGCGAGGCGGUCCCGCUCCACCUCCGCUUCGCGUACCGCCCCGACCAGCCCUGGGCGCCCCUCCACGAGAUCGAAGAGGGCCGCAACGACCGGACCAAGCGCUUCUUCUGGAAGAUGUGGUUCGACGCCGAGAUGCCGCCCGCCUCGCAGCUGUCGCCGACCGCCACCUUCACCAGCCAGCCCAAGGCGCUCGAGCCCGAGGCGAUCAAGAGCUUCUGCGACGUCGUCGGAGCCCGCUCCAAGGCGUACGCCUCAGGUCAGGCGCCGAUGGACUUUGCCAUCGCCGCGGGCUGGGAGGCCAUCAUGCAGGCGGCCGUGGCCAGCUGCGAUGCCGACCUCCUCUCGCUGGUCCACCUGAGCAACGAGUUCCGCAUGCUCGGUACCAGCGCAGGCGGUGCGGCGCUCCAGGCCGGCGACGUCUGCAUCGCCGAGGCGCGCGUCGUCAGCAUCCGCAACUCGGACACGGGCAAGACGGUCCGCGUCGCGGCCGACAUCUCGAGGCAGCGCAACGGCGCCGCGUUCGAGCCCGUCUUCCGCGUCACGUCCGAAUUCUUCUACCGCGGCAGCUACGCCGACUUCGACCGGUGCUUUGAGCUGUCCGAGGACGACUAUGCCGUGACGAUCUCGAGCAGCGCCGACCUCGCCAUCCUCCGGGCCAAGGAGUGGCUCGAGUGGACCGCCGACGCCGAGCCCAUGCAGGGCGCCAAGCUGCGAUUCCGCUUCCGCACCGACGCCAAGCACCGCGACUCGACCACCUUCCGCUCGCUCGACGUGACGGGCAGCGUGCUCGAGGAGCGCGCCGAGCUGGGCGGCGACCUCGUCGAGGUGGCGCGCAUCGACUACUCGGCCGACGCCCCCUCGGUCGGCAACCCGGUCCUCGACUAUGUCCGCCGCUUUGGCCGCGAUGCUACCGACGAUGCGGUCCCGCUCGACACUGCCUACGAGCUGGGCCAUGCCAAGUCGGUGCGCACCUUCUACGCGCCCGCAUCCAACGAGGCCUACUCGCGGGCGUCGGGCGACUUCAACCCGAUCCACGUCAACCCGUACUUUGCCUCGCUCGCCGGCCUGCCGGGCACCAUCACCCACGGCAUGUUCACCUCGGCGGCCACCCGCCGCUUUGUCGAGGCCAUCGCUGCCGACGGCGACCCCGCCCGCUGCACCUCGUUCACCGCCGAAUUCUCCGGCAUGGUGCUGCCCGGCGACCGCCUGUCGGCCACGCUGAGCCACGUCGCGAUGCGCCGCGGCGAAAAGGUCAUCAGCGUCCGCCUCGUCAACCAGCGCGACGAGACGGUGCUGGUCGGCGAGGCCCAGGUGCGGCAGCCGACCACCGUCUACGUCUUUACGGGCCAGGGCUCGCAGACCCAGGGCAUGGGCAUGGACCUCUACGCCUCUAGCGACGUCGCCCGCGCCAUCUGGGACGAGGCCGAGGAGCACCUCUACGGCUCGCUCGGCAUCAGCAUCAUCGAGAUCGUCCGCGAGAACCCCAAGAGCAAGACAGUCUUCUUUGGCGGUGCCAGCGGACAGAGGAUCCGCAGCACCUACAUGGCCAUGGACUACGUCACCACCGACUCGUCCGGCAACCCGGUCCGCCGGCCCAUGUUCCCUUCGAUCACGCGCACCACGCGCUCGUUCACCUUUGAGUCGCCCAAGGGCCUCCUCUUCGACACGCGCUUCGCCCAGGUGGCGCUCGUCCUGUUCGAGCUGAGCGCCUUCCGCGACGCCCAGCACCGCGGCCUGAUCGUCGACGACGCCCCCUUUGCCGGACACUCGCUCGGCGAGUAUGCCGCCCUCGCCUCGGUCGGCGGCAUGAUGCGGCUCAGGGACCUCGUCGAUGUCGUCUUCUUCCGCGGCCUGACGAUGCAGAAUGCCGUCCCGCGCGACUCGCAGGGCCGCUCCAGCUACGGCAUGGUGGCCGUCGCCGCAGCCAAGGCGUUCGCCAAGGGUGGUCCUGUGGCCCCCGACGCCGCGCUCGCUUCAAUCGUCGACCUCGUCGGUCGCCGCAGCGGCGAGCUGCUGCAGACGGUCAACUUCAACGUGGCCGAGCAGCAGAGCGUCGUCGCCGGCCACGAGGUGGCCCUGUGGGCCAUGGGCUCCGUGCUCGACCGCGUCGGCAAGCGCGUCGGUCCCAACGUCGAAAGCUACGCCGAGUCGGCCGACGUCAUCGCGCUCGUCGAGGACGCCGUCUCCGAGGCCAAGCGUCUUGCCGCUCACGGCUCGGUGCCCCUCGAGCGCGGGCUCGCCACCAUCCCCCUGGCGGGCAUCGACGUCCCCUUCCACUCGCGCUUCCUCGAGAGCGGCAUCCCGCCCUUCCGCGCCUUCCUCCAGCAGCGCCUCCGCAGCGAGAUGGUCCACCCCGACAAGCUGGUGGGACGCUACAUCCCCAACCUCACCGCAUCGCCCUUUGCCCUCUCGCGCGAGUAUGUCGAGCGCAUCCACGACCAGACCGGCUCCGCCGUCCUCGAGCGCGUGCUGGCCGACUGGGACUCGAUCUCGGCGCCCGGCGGCGCCCAGGAGCUGGCGGCCACCAUCGUCGUCGAGCUGCUCACCUACCAGUUUGCCUCGCCCGUCCGCUGGAUCGAGACGCAGGACAUUUUCUUCCGCGACGUCAACUUUGCCCGCCUGGUCGAGUUUGGCCCGGGCCCCAUCCUGGUGGGCAUGGCCAACCGGACGCUGGCGGGCCGCUACCUACGCAGCGACCGCACCCUCGGCGUCGAGCGCAAGAUGCUUUGCUCGAGCAAGGACCACGAUGCCAUCGGCUACGUCCACUCCGCGCCUGCGGCCGCUGCCGACGACGAAGGCCCUGCGAAGGCAUCCUCCCCCGCGCCUGCUCCGACUCCGGCUCCGGCACCCGCUGCUCCGGUCGUCGCGGCGGCUCCUGCCGCCCCCGUCGAGGCCGUCGAGGUGGCCGAUGCUCCCCUUGACCCCGUCGUCACCCUCAAGGCCAUCCUGGCACAGAAGAUGAAGCUGGCCUCGAGCGAGGUCGCCUCGUCCAAGACCAUCAAGAGCAUGACUGGCGGCCGCUCGACGCUCCAAAACGAGAUCAUUGGCGACCUGCAGCUCGAGUUCUCGGAGCUGCCGGACCGCAGCGAGGACCUCAGCAUCGAGGAUCUCGGCAAGGCGCUCCAGCCGGGCUACAGCGGCACGCUGGGCAAGUACACGACCGCGCUCGUGGCCCGCCUGGUGACGAGCAAGAUGCCCGGUGGGUUUGGCCUCUCGGCCAUCAAGGCGCAGGCCAACAAGAACUGGGGCCUCGGACCCGGCCGCACCGACGCGCUGCUCCUCGAGGCCAUCACGCGCGAGCCGGCGCAGCGCCUGCCCAACGAGGCCGAGGCGACCAAGUGGCUCCAGACGUCGGGCGGCGCGGCUGGAGGCGCCGUCGUCAGCAGCCAGGAGCUGCUGCUGCUGCAGGCCAAGCAGGAGGCCCACGCCCAGAAGCAGAUCCAGGCGCUGCAGGACUACCUUGGCGUCGACGUCGACCUGUCGAAGCGCGCCCAGGAGGGUGUGCAGGAGCACCUGGAGCGAGUGACGCGGAUGUUUGACGACAUCCUCGCCGAGCACGGCGACUCGUACACCAACGGCAUCCAGGGCAAGUUUGAGCCGCUCCACGCUCGCCACUACGAGAGCUACUGGAACUGGUCGAGGCAGAACGUGGCGCUCCUCUUCGCCGACCUGCUCUCGGGCAAGAUCGACGACAGCGAUGCCGAGCUGGCAACCCGCUGCAUCGCCCUCGUCAACCAGCUCGACGGACCCGCACCCCUCGAGCACGAGCGGAGGCGACUCGAGGCCGCCUCUGGGCCUGGCAAGGCGCUGGCCCUCCGCGUCUGCGAGCUGCUCCUCGCCUGCCGCUUCGAUGGACCCAGCCGCUACCAGGACGCCCGCGCGCCCCUGGGCCCGAGCACCUCGCUCGACGCGCGCGGCAACACCGUCUACAAGGAGGUGCCCCGCGCCGGGCUCGCCUCGCUGGAAGACUACGUGCUGCAGAUGGCUUCGAGCGGGCGCUACCGCUCGACGGCUGCGGCGCCGCGUACGCUGGAGCUGGUCCAACAGAAGACCGUCUCGACCGACUCAACGGCCGAGAGGUCGGCGAUCUCGUUUAGCACCGCCGACGGGCAGGCGCCCUGGCUUCGCGCGGCGCGCAAGGAGCGAGCCUCGUGGCUCUUUGACGAGGAGCUGACGCAGCUCUACCUCGACGGCCUGCUCGACCUGGCCAAGCACGGGCGGUCGUACCACGGCCUCAACGUGCUCGUCACCGGCGCCGGAAAGGGCUCGAUCGCCGCUGAGAUGGUCAAGCGCCUCCUUUCGGGCGGCGCCCGCGUCAUCGUCACCACCUCGAGCUUCUCGCCCAAGAAGGCGCAGGAGUUCCAGAAGCUCUACCGCGAGUGGGGUGGCCGCGGCUCGCGGCUGACGGUGGUGCCCUUCAACCAGGCUUCGCGCAAGGACGUAUCGGCCGUCGUCGAGUACGUCUAUUCGACGCUCAAGGUCGACAUCGACGUCCUGGUGCCGUUCGCCGCCAUCUCGGAGAACGGACGGCAGAUUGACGGCAUCGACGACCAGAGCGAGCUGGCCCACCGCAUCAUGCUGACCAACGUCGUCCGGCUGAUGGGCGCCAUCAAGACGCACAAGUCGGCGCGCAGGCUGCACAACCGACCCACUCAGGUCAUCCUCCCGCUCUCGUUCAACCACGGCGUCAUCGGCAACGACGGCCUCUACGGCGCCAGCAAGAUCGGCCUCGAGACGCUGCUCAACUCGGUGCGCUCCGAAGACUGGUCCGACUACCUCUUUGUCACGGGCGCCAACAUCGGCAUCUGCCGCGGCACCGACCUGAUGGCCGACCUCGACGUCGUCGCCGAGGGCCUCGAGCGCGACCUUGGCCUGCGCACCUUCAGCACCCACGAGAUGGCCUUCAACCUCAUGGGCCUCCUCGACCCCGACUUUGCCGCCGCCAACCAGAUCGAGCCCGUCAUGCUCGACCUGACCGGCGACGCGAGCCAGGUCAAGAACAUCUCGUACCACAUGCGUUCCAAGACGGCCGCGGCCCAGCAGGCGUCCGAGAUCCGCCGCUCCCUCAUCGCCGAGAGCUCCAACGAGUUCGCCGUCACAAAGGGGCACGCGGCCGCCGACCUCCACCGCACCGCCCAGCUCCAGCCGCGCGGCCUGUCCAAGUUCGCCUACCCCGAGGUCGGCUCGCACGAGCUCAACCAGGCUAUCGCCCGCAGCGAGGGCCCGCUCGACCUCGACCAGGUCAUCGUCGUCACCGGCUUCGCCGAGGUCGGGCCCUGGGGAUCCUCGAGGACCCGCUGGGAAAUGGAAGUUGACGGCGCCUUUAGCGUCGAGGGCCUGAUCGAGAUGGCCUGGCUGACGGGCAAGAUCCGCCACUUUGACGGCAAGCUCGCGUCGGGCAAGGCCUACGUCGGCUGGGUCGACGCCAAGACGGGCGAGCCGGUGCACGACUCCGAGGUGCGGGCGCGGUACGAGAAGCAGAUCCUCGAGCACGCCGGCAUCCGCCUCGUCGAGCCCGAGCUGCUGCGCGGCUUCGACCCGGACCGCAAGGGUUACACGCAGGAGGUCCAGCUCAACCACGACCUCGAGGCGCUCGAGGUGUCUGCGUCCGAGGCGGCCAAGUACAGGCUGCAGCACGGCGACAACGUGGCCAUCUGGGAGGACCCGGCGACGGGCAGCUGGUACAUGCGGCUCAAGAAGGGCGCCAGCAUCCUGCUGCCCAAGGCCGUCCGCUUCGACCGCCGCGUAGCUGGCCAGCUGCCCACCGGCUGGUCGGCGGCGCGCUACGGCAUCCCGGACGACAUUGUGGCCCAGACCGACGAGACGGCGCUCUACGCGCUCGUCUGCGUCGCCGAGGCGCUCGUCGAGGCGGGCAUCGACGACCCCUACGAGCUCUUCAAGCACGUCCACGUCUCCGAGGUGGGCACCUGCCUGGGCUCGGCCAUGGGCGGCCUCAACUCGCUCAGCAAGAUGUUCCGCGACCGCCGCAACGACGUUGAGGUGCAGAACGACAUCCUCCAGGAGACCUUCAUCAACACCGUCGCCGGCUGGAUCAACCUGCUGCUGGUCUCGUCGUGCGGGCCCAUCACGCCCACGGUGGGCGCGUGCGCCACGGCGCUCCAGUCGCUCGACGUGGCCGCCGAGACGAUCCGCUCGGGCAAGGCCAAGAUCAUGGUCGCCGGAGGCUACGAGGGCCUCUCGGAGGAGAGCAUGUUCGAGUUUGCCCAGAUGAAGGCGACGGCGUCGUCCGACGACGCCUUCCAGGCGGGCCUCGGUGCCUCGGAGAUGUCCAAGCCCAUGACGAGCGGCCGCAGCGGCUUCGUCGAGAGCAUGGGCUGCGGCGUCCAGAUUGUCAUGAGCGCGGCCACGGCGCUCGCGAUCGGCGCGCCCAUCAACGGGAUCCUCGCCUUUUCGCGCACCGCCUCGGACCGCCAGGGCCGCUCGAUCCCGGCACCCGGCCAGGGCGUGCUGUCGACGGCGGCGCCGCUCAAGCGCGCGCUCGCGUCGUGGGGGCUCGGCGGCGACGACGUCGGCGUCAUUUCGAUGCACGGCACCUCGACCAAGGCCAACGACCGCAACGAGUCGGACGUGUACCACAAGCUGCUACAGCGCAUCGGUCGCACGCCGGGCAACGCGGUACCGGCCAUGGCGCAAAAGUGGCUGUGCGGCCACGCCAAGGGCGGUGCGGCGGCGUUGGCCAUCAACGGGCUGAUGCAGAGCAUCAACAGCGCCACGGUGGCGGGCAACCGCAACGCCGACGACAUUGCCGCCGAGCUGCGCCGGUUCGACUACCUCAUGUACCCGUGCACGUCGCUGGCGCGAACGCGGACCGACCUGCACGCGGGGCUGGUGACGUCGUUUGGCUUUGGGCAGGUCGGCGGCGCGGUGCUGGUGCUGCACGGCUCGCACCUGCUGGGCCGGCUGUCGCGCGACGACUUCGAGGCGUACCUCUCCCGGCGCGAGCGGCGCCAGGCCAUCACGUUCCGGCGGAUGCAGUCGCUCCUCGUCAAGGGCGACCUGGUGCGCAUCAAGGAGCACGCGCCGUACCCAGCCGAGCUCGAGUCCGAGGUGCUCCUCGACCCCGAGGUGCGCGCCGAGAGGAUCGGCGACUCGUAUGGCUUCCGUCUGCCGCUCGUCACCGCCGGCGGCGACGGGCGGGCAGUCGAGGAGGCGGCGUAG